GUGAAAUCGAAAGAGAGGAAGGAGCUGAGCUCAGAACAGCGACCUCAGGCGACCUCAGGCGCUCCGGGACGCGCAGAGGAGCCGCAGCCGCAUCCACAAUGGCGCUAUCAAACAGCUACGAAACCCCCGCACCUGGCUUUAACUUCGACAAUGCAGCAAGAAACGCGGCGUUAGAGGGGCUCUUUGAUGGAGGACAGACUCCCAAACCUCUGAAAACAGGCACCACCAUAGCAGGGGUGGUGUUCAAGGAUGGGGUGGUGCUGGGAGCCGAUACCAGAGCCACCUCCGGUGAAGUGGUGGCCGACAAGAUGUGUGCCAAGAUCCAUUACAUCGCUCCAAAUAUGUACUGCUGUGGAGCAGGUACAGCAGCAGAUACAGAGAAGACCACUGACCUCCUCUACUCCAACCUCACCAUCUUCUCUCUGAACAGUGGGAGGAACCCUCGUGUCGUCAUGGCCGUGAACAUACUGCAGGAUAUGCUUUACAGGUAUCACGGCCAGAUUGGGGCCAAUCUCAUUCUGGGGGGAGUCGACUGCACUGGGAACCACCUGUACACCGUGGGGCCGUACGGGAGUGUGAAUAAGGUGCCUUACCUGUCAAUGGGAUCUGGAGAUCUGGCUGCUCUGGGGAUUUUGGAGGACGGCUUCAAACCUGACUUAGAGCUGGAGCCGGCGAAGGAGCUGGUGCGAGCGGCGAUCCACGCAGGCAUCAUGAGCGACCUCGGCUCAGGCAGCAACAUCGACAUCUGUGUGAUCACCAAACAGGGAGUGGACUACAUCAGACCGUACCAGGAGUCCCAGUUCAAACACAACAGGACAAUGAAGUACAAAUACGGUCCAGGUACAACACCUGUCCUCACAGAGAAGGUCGUCCCUUUAAAGCUGGAGGUUGUGCAGGAGACGGUGCAGCAGAUGGAGACGGCCUGAGCUGCAGCACACAACCACACCACAUUUUAUACCUUUCAUCUACAGAUUUAACCGUUUCAACCAGAAAUGUUGUCGUUUUGAUGCGUUUCAGCCUUCUGUUUACAAAGUACCGUUUCAGUAACGAUGACCGUUUACACGGUGAUGCAUGAAAUGAUGAAAACGAUGUAGUUCCCAUGCCAGGCCACAAGUUGGCGUUGAUUUUUUGUUGCAAAAUUUGUUUACGGAAGACACGCAUGCGUGGAGGGACACAGUAGGAAGUGCGGCAAAUUGCUCAUUAUUAACAAAACGGCCAAUGUGAGAGGUUUGUGUGGACUGACGAUGAGGUUGGAUCGCUGCUGCACACAACGCUGAAUUACAAAAUGGCAAGAACACAAGAAAAGCACAAGAAGCACUCUUGAAUCCGCAAGUACUGUUUAUCAACUUGUGCAUCCACGAAAAACUGUGGCCGUCACAACCAUAGUGCGCAUGUGCGAGUCACCCGUUUCCAAAUCACCCCGGUUAAAACGUUUACAGGACAACACAAGCCAGUGCGUUUCUGAAAUGCUCCACUCUGGACCCUGUUUCCGAAACACAUCGUUUUCACUCCAUUGUCGUGUAAACGGAAGGGCGAAACGCAUCAAAACGACACCGUUUUCAUUUUGAAACUGAGGCUCCUGCAGUAGCACACAUAGAUGCUGCUACAGUAAAACUUUUAA